AUGGCAGCAGCCAACACUCUCGAACUGCCCAUCAUCGAUCUUGAUCGAUACAUUCAUCCCACCUCACCCUCGGACCAAGAGGCCGUCAUCACCGAGGUGCGUGAGGCAUGCCAGAAAUAUGGCUUCUUCCAGGUCAAAAACCACGGCGUGUCCCUGGAUUUGCAGGAAGGCCUACUCCAGGGCCUGAACAACUUCUUCAGCCUCCCCAAGGAAGACAAGAUCAAACUGUCAUUCCUCAACAACCAAUGCCGCCGGGGAUACGAAGCCUCCGGAAUGUCCCUUCGCGACGGGGACGCCUUGCCCGACUCCAAAGAGUCCUUCUACAUCGGCCGCGAAGAACCAGUCAUCGAGCCCCCCGGCUUCCACGGCCCAAACGUAUGGCCCGACCUCCCAGCCGACCAAUUCCGUCAACCAAUCUGGGCCUACUACCAAGCCACCUCUCAACUCGGUAAAACCAUCUGGCAAAUCCUCAUCCGCGGCCUCGGCUUCCCCACCACCGUCAUGGACGUCUUCACUCAGCGCCCCAUCGUCCCCAUGAAAAUGAUCCGCUACCCGCCCACCAGCGCAACCCUACCCGGUCAAUUCGGCGUCGGCGCCCACACUGACUUCGGCGGCGUGACUGUCCUGCUUCAACAGCCCGGCAAAGAAGGUCUGGAGGUCUGGCUUGAUGAGGAAGAUCGUUGGGUGCCGGUCCCUUCCAUUAAAGACGUCUACGUCAUUAACUGCGGUGACAUGAUUCAGAAAUGGUCUGGGGGCGUCUACAGAAGUGCCAAACACCGGGUCAUCAACAAGGCUGAUUCGGAACGCCUGUCCUGUGCCACCUUCUGGCAUGGAGACUUGGAUGCCACCAACCCGUUGAACCCGAAUGAUCCGAACCGGGAAACGGUUGGCCAGCUGCUGGUGAAACGCUUCGCGAAUCAGUUCUCUCUGCCGAAGGAGCUGGUUGCGGCUGCGAAUUAG